GCCGCACCUGCCGGCUGCGUCGUGACGUCACCGCGCGUUGGGAUGCGCUGCGCGCGCGGCUCGGGGUUUUUACCGCAGUGCAUCAGUGCGAGCGUCACCGGGAACCGCGCAGAAUGGCGUUAAGCGCCGCCAGAUCUCCGUUUACCGAUCGCACGCGCCAGUCUGAUGCCUGAGUGUCUACCGCGGAGGCAAGUUACAGUCUGCGUGAUGCGCUGCGUAUGCAUGUGUGUCAAUGAAUGCUUUAUUUAGAUGCUAGUUCGUGUCGCAGAUGAUCUAGACAGAGCUGCUGUUGAUCUCGGCUCAUUGGUUUGAUUUUAAAGAGCCAGGAAAGCAAUAAGGCAGAGAAUCGGGGCCCUUGGCUGGCUUUGCACACUAAACAUCUUUGUAGGUCACGUGACUCUUCUGAAGCUCUCAUGAAGAUCCAGCACUAGAGGACAGACCGAGUGUUUAUCUGCUGCAUGAUGAUGAAGAUGAUGAAGAUGAGACGUCUGCUGCUUGUGUGUGUGUUCUGCGCGCUCUCCGUGUCUCUGUGCAGCGGAGCCUGUGCCGAGGUGGACUCCGACACUGAAGCUGUGGCCGGAGAGCCCUUCAAGCUGGGAUGCAUCUCCUGUAAGAUGCGCGGAGAGGUGGAGGCCUCAGCCACCGUCGACUGGUUGUUCAAGGCGCGAGGAGAAGCCGACUUCGUGCACAUUUAUAGCUACGACGGCGAGGCGUCCAGCAUCAUCGACGAGCGCUUUCAGGAUCGCAUGGAGUGGCACGGCAGCAAGAAGACCUUUGACCUUCAGGACGCGUCUGUGGACCUCCUCAACGUCACCUUCAACGACUCCGGCGUCUACCGCUGCAUCUUCAACCGCGUGCUCAGCUACGAGCACUACGAGUUCUCCACCAUCGCCACCAAACUGGUGCCCCUCACCGUCGUGGCCAAAGGUACGACAACACCUGACAUCUGCGUCUCAAUCACUGUGUUUUCUGGUGAAUGAAAUGCAUAAAUGAAUAGCCAAAAUAUUAAACAUUCCUUGCAUCAGCUGUAUGCAAAGUGUAUUUGGUUUUCGGUAAAAAUUAUAUUAUUUCGAAAAUGGGUCAAAUUUGCACACGGAGCCACAUUGUGAUCCUCGUAUCUCUGGAACUGAACUACUUGGGGCCUUAACAAUGGAGACAGCAAAAGAAAAGUUCAUUAAGAACCAUAAUCUCAAAGGAUAUUGAGAUAUAUAUAUAUAUAUAAUACGUUAUGAGUUACAGGCAUGCAAACUUUGGCAAAAGAGCAUUUUUGUCACUCUGUUCAAUGCAGUAGUUUUGAUAGUCUACAUUUAUAGUUUCAACAUUAUUUGUUCUUCAGACGUUCUUCUUUAAUUACAGAAAAUAUCUGCUGAAUGCAAAGUGACCCACAUUUGGUUUUUGACCAUUAAAAAUGGGAAAAUUCAACAACUUGGAAAUGGCGCCGUAAUGAGAUCCCAGUAUCUCUGGAAAUGAACC